AUGUCUAGUCGUAAUUUUAAGCAACUUCUUAAAGAUUUAAUACUGGAUUAUUAUACCCCAAGUAAUGAUAAAAAAUUUAUGACCUGUAAAGCUUGCAAAAAAAAUAUAUCAAGAGGAAAUGCGCAAGCCCAUAAAUCAAAUACUACAAACUGUGUUGAUCAUUUAAAAAUAAAAGCCCAUUCGUUUCUUUAUGCUGAAUAUAAAGAAAAAAAGACUAUUUUAAAGAUGGAAGAAAUAGAACACGAAGCGACCAGAGCGGAAAGUGCAAAAACAAAUAGAGAUUGCCGAAAUAAGAUUUUUUUUCAGGAAACACUUUCGACUUGCAUCAACAAAACACAAAAAUGGGGGACUGAUGACAACAGGGCAAAAAAAUUGGAUAAACUUGUGUUAGAGAUGAUUGCUAUGGGAAAUUAUCCUUUUACCAUUGCCAAUGAAACAGGGUUUCUUCGUGUUAUUAAUUUUCUCGAACCACGGGCGGCACUGAAAUCGGACAAAUAUUACCGUGAACAAUUAGAUCCAACUUACGGGGCCGUCAAGGAUAAAAUAAAAGAAAUUAUUAAAGCUGCUCAAUUUAUUAGUUUUACUACAGAUGUUUGGACUAACAAAUCAAGCACAACAAGUUUAAUGAGUCUUAAAUCUCACUAUGUGGUUCCAGAAAAAAUGACUCGAUUAAAAGUGAUACUUGCGGCUACUCCACUGCAUGAUAAUCACACAAGUGAAUAUUUAAAGGGUAAAUUACAAAAUAUAAUUAAAGACUAUGAGACUAUGUCUAGUUGUAAUUUUAAGCAACUUCUUAAAGAUUUAAUACUGGAUUAUUAUACCCCAAGUAAUGAUAAAAAAUUUAUGACCUGUAAAGCUUGCAAAAAAAAUAUAUCAAGAGGAAAUGCGCAAGCCCAUAAAGCAAAUACUACAAACUGUGUUGAUCAUUUAAAAAUAAAAGCCCAUUCGUCUCUUUAUGCUGAAUAUAAAGAAAAAAAGACUAUUUUAAAGAAGGAAGAAAUAGAACACGAAGCGACCAGAGCGGAAAGUGCAAAAACAAAUAGAGAUUGCCGAAAUAAGAUUUUUUUUCAGGAAACACUUUAA